AUGAAUGAUACAUUAGUCCACGUUAUGAAUGAAACAUUAGUCCAAGUUAUGAAUGAAACAUUAGUCCAAGUUAUGGGUGAUACAUUAGUCCACGUUAUGAAUGAAACAUUAGUCCAAGUUAUGGGUGAUACAUUAGUCCACGUUAUGAAUGAAACAUUAGUCCACGUUAUGAAUAAUACAUUAGUCCACGUUAUGAAUGACACACUAGUCAAAGUGAUGAAUGACACAUUAGUCCACGUUAUGGAUGACAUAUUAGUCCACGUUAUGAAUGACACACUAGUCAAAGUGAUGAAUGACACAUUACUCCAAGUUAUGAACAAUACAUUAGUCCACGUUAUGAAUGACACACUAGUCCACGUUAUGAAUGAAACAUUAGUCCACGUUAUGGGUGAUACAUUAGUCCACGUUAUGAAUGAAACAUUAGUCCACGUUAUGAAUGAAACAUUAGUCCACGUUAUGGGUGAUACAUUAGUCCACGUUAUGAAUAAUACAUUAGUCCACGUUAUGAAUGAUACAUUAGUCCACGUUAUGGGUGAUACAUUAGUCCACGUUAUGAAUAAUACAUUAGUCCACGUUAUGAAUGAUACAUUAGUCCACGUUAUGAAUAAUACAUUAGUCCACGUUAUGAAUGAAACAUUAGUCCACGUUAUGAAUGAAACAUUAGUUCACGUUAUGAAUGAAACAUUAGUCCAAGUUAUGAAUCGACAUCUAGCUUUUAUAAUAUAA